AGAUACUCACAACCGUUACUGGAGUCUGAGGUUUCAGAAGGAGGAUGGCAUUGCCUCAGAAAGAAGAAGAAGAAGAAGAAGAAGAAGAAGAAGAAGAAGAAGAGGAGGAGGAGGAGGAGGAGGAGGAGGAGGAGGAGGAGGAGGAGGAAGAAGAAGAAGAAGAAGAAGAAGAAGAAGAAGAAGAAGAAGAAGAAGAGGGGGAGGAGGAGAAGGAGGAGGAAGAAGAAGAAGAAGAAGGAGGAGGAGGAGAAGGAGGAGGAGGAGGAGGAGGAGGAGGAGGAGGAGGACCCAAACAAAGUUAUUAGUGGCACUGUGCAGUGUAAAACCUUAGUAAAAGGAGAAAAGAAAC